GCAUAGCCUUUACGACAUGUUUUACGAUCUGCAUUUUAAAUUCUAGAGGAUGCUACCUUAUGGAGCGUGGAUUUUGAGUGGUUUACUGCACCACCUUUACAAAUUGCAAGAAAAAUGCAGUGACGAUUGUCGUGUAAAAAAAGAUGUUCGAUCUGUGAUUGAGAUAGUCUUAGUUGGCAAAUUUUGAUGUUAAGGAACGCUGCAUAAAUCAGAGUAUUACUUUAACACACCAAAGAUACUUCAAGAAACUGGAAAUUUCGGUUUCGGGGAUGCUCGUCUUUCGCUCUUCCCUUGCCCUUCCCUAUUUAUCCCCAGGAAGCAUUCCAACCAAUGGGAGCGCUCGUUUUUGGGGCACUGAACACGGUACUGAAUGUAGACGGCAACCGAGCAGCUUCUGUGCAUCCUGCCAGUAAAUGCUUCUCGCUCCUAAAAGGCUGUAACCGAACGUAAUAUUGCGCUGUCCUGUUUACACAGGUUUCUCUGUUCCUACAUUUGUUACACCCUGGGCGUGAUAUGUUAUCCACGUUUUUCCUCGAUCGGCGAAGAACGUUAUGAACGGAAGUCUACCGCAUGGUCAAAAGAUUUUGAAAGAGAUCGGUAGCUCGGCGAAUGCAACCAAGGAAGAUAUUCAUUUGUACGCUGAGCACCUAGGAAUCGUUCUUCCUGAUGAGCAAAAUCUGCUUUGGAUUGCUCAGGCCGGUCUUGAGGUGUCGCUGCCGCCACCGUGGUGUCCCGUGGAAGAUUCUCAGGGAAGGAUUUACUAUUACAAUUCGGUUACGAAAGAGACCAAAUGGGAGCAUCCCUUGGAUUCUUACUACAAAGCUGUGGUCAAGAAGGAGAGACUCAAGGCAAGUGCACGAGCCACUACUGCAGAGUCAAAUGUAGAGGACAGCGGGGCUUCACUGAUGUCGUCUCUGGACGACAUUCCGCCCUUGUCCUCAUUUGCAAGAGCUUCAGAUGCCGAUCAAACUGUUGUUCCCUUCUCACGUCUCAAGAAAGUGAAAAAGGGGUUCCUGUCCAAGUCUUGUCCAACCAACCUUCACAUGCUAGCAGUGAAUUCAGGACCUUUAGUAAAGCAAACGGACACUGACUCAGAAUCUCACACUGCCACUCUUCGCAAUCAAGAUGAACAUGCUAUCGUGCGGGAUCUGCUCACCCAGAAGCAGGCGCUCGAGUUUGAGUUGGAGCGACUGAAGCGGGAAGUCCACAAGUACCAGCGAAUCAGAGACCAGCUGAAAGCAUCUGCCAAGCAAGAGUUAAUCCAACUUGGAACCACUUCACUAGCUCAGAGAGCGCGAAACCACAAGCACACUAUUGCAGACGAGAAGCAAGGCCAGAAUUCCCAAGAUAAAGGACCUGCGCUGCCAGGUGACACACCUGGAACAAAGACCAAAGGUGAGAACAGCAAGCCUACCAAAGGGGCAGCCACUGGAAGUCUAUCUGGCCGCUCCUCGUUGGGUCACAAGGAUCUUCUCCGGCUCAGUCAACGCCUUGCUCACCUGCGUCAUCGACAUCUGCAGCUGUCCCUACGUGCUGCUCAACAAGUUGCUGAGGAUGCUCUUGCCAGUUAUGUCGUGCCCCAUACUUCUGGCUCCGAGAUCACCAGCAAGGACUUGGUAGUGUCAUCCAUAAAGCUGGUACCGUCCUCAUCGUCCAGCCUAGUUCCUCAUCGGACAGCAAGAGCACUUACCGAUAUUCCUCACGCAGAAAUGGAAGCAGUUCAUGGCAGUCCUCCAGUGCAUUAUUGGAAGACGUGCAUGUCCCAACAGCAAGAUCUACGGCCUCCUCAGCAGUGGUCUCGAGCUGAGUGGACAACAAAGUUGUCACAGCUACGCUGGAGCCUCAGGGAAUGUGAACUCCAACAGCUUCUUAUCAAGUAGUCACUCCUUCGCUGCCAAGAGGAAGGCAUAAUUUCAUAUAAUUAUAAAGGUACUAGUCAUCACGAGAAUCUCAGGUAAUGGUGUUAUUUGCAGCUGCUGAAUAUACAAAAACGAAAUUUGUCUUGUGAAUAUGUUAGAUAGAUGGAGUACCCAAAAGUGACUGGAAUGUUUCCUGAAGUAUGCGUGGAUUUAAAAACAUUUUUGAAACUAUUCUUUUUUAACUUGUACAAAUGUGUUUUUACAUAGUUAAAUGUACGGUUGCAUAUGACUUGUAUUCUGUUCUAGAAUAACUGUCAUUAACUGAUAGUGGCAUUCUGUUUCACAUUUACGACACCUAUAAGUAAUUUUCUUGUGCAACCGUUCCCCUAUAUUCUGACCUUGAUGAUAUUUUAAAUAAGUACAAUAAAUAACUUAUUAGACUUACUUAUAGGCAUUGCUAGUGCAAGGCAUUAUAUGCAUCCUGUUAGAAAUUGCUGUGUAGCUGCACAUUGAAUAGAAACAUUUGUUGUAUAUUUUGCGAUGGUCGUUAAUUUCAUGUCAUAUUGUGAAGCAGAGAGUGCACAUGAAAUUCUGUUUUCCUGCAUUGGUUUGACCAUUAUGCUCGCCCAUUGUAUUUAUACAAUAUUCACUUACUGAACAAUUGUAUGGAGGUUUACAUCUUGCCUAUGAAGCUAUAUGGUAAUAUGAAUUGACUGGUAGACUAGGUAAUCUUAGAUAUGUGUGCAUGCCAGAAAAUUCCUUUCUUUAGCUAUGUAGCUAUGGCAACUGCAUAGUACGACACUCCUGAUCGCUUAUCAACAACAAAUGUUAUCAUCGUUCAUUUUUAACUGGUUUGUUUGUUGCCCUCAUUGAAGUGGGGGAAAAUGCUUGUGGACUAAAUCUUGCUAAAAGUGUGAACUUUACCAUUAGAAAAUUGCUGUUUAUGUAAAUUGUGUAAAAAAAGCUGUUUCUUACGUACUGUGUCUGUUCCUUACUGAAAGCUGUCACAGUAUUGGUACAAGUUGCAUAUACUACAUAUGGAUGAAAUACAAUGCAAUAAAUAAUCCAUUCAAAGCACUC